AUGAUCUGGGCCCAGAUCAGAGAUAUGACGUCCUUGCCCCUCACCGUUGAGACAAAACACCAGGUCCAGUAUUUGAUGAAGGCUUUAAAGUUCCCGCGGGGUGAACUUCAAGACGGACCUUCCAUGCCCGUCAAACAUCAACUUCCGUUCGUCUCGACGUAUGAAGUAUCAAGCAAGCAUCUACAAGUCCAGACGACUAGUCUCGAGUUCCAAUUGGCUCACUGUGGCCCUUACCUGGAGAGAAGCUUCGACUCCGCCCCCGACCCGCGCGUUACUUUCAGCCCAGAUGCCUGGCAACGAAGCGUGCUUGAUGCCAUCGAUCACGACAAGAGCCUUUUCGUCGUCGCUCCCACGUCCGCCGGAAAGACCUUUAUCUCGUUCUACGCCAUGAAGAAGAUCCUGCAGAACAACGAUGACGACGUCCUCGUCUACGUAGCCCCAACCAAAGCACUCGUCAACCAGAUUGCCGCGGAAGUUCAGGCUCGGUUCUCCAAGUCUUAUCGUCAUGAGGGCCGUUCGGUUUGGGCCAUUCACACUCGAGACUACCGCGUCAACAACCCCACCGGCUGUCAGGUUUUGGUGACCGUUCCGCACAUCCUCCAGAUCAUGCUUCUGGCACCCACCAACGCGCAGAAUGAGAGAUCCUGGGCUCGCAGAGUUAAGAGAAUUAUCUUUGACGAAGUGCACUGCAUUGGCCAGGCCGAAGACGGCAUAAUUUGGGAGCAACUGUUGCUUCUUGCUCCUUGUCCCAUCAUCGCCCUAUCUGCUACAGUGGGCAAUCCGCUUGAGUUCAAAGAGUGGCUCGCAGGAACCCAGAAGACCAAGGGCUUUGAACUUGAAAUGAUAGUUCACUCGGCCAGAUACUCUGACUUGCGAAAGUUUCUGUAUCAGCCCCCCUCUACGCUGAAUUUUGAAGGACUAGAGCCAGUGGAGCGUUUGCCAAUCCCCGGUUUGGAUGCUGAAGCAGGAGAAACCUCGCGUUUCACGUUUGUGCAUCCAGUCGGAAGCAUUAUCAACAAGAACCGCGAGACUCUUGACGAUGCCAGUCUCGAGCCCCGCGACUGUCUCCGACUUUGGCUGACCAUGAAGGAAUCUGAAAACGAAUCAUUUCGUAUCAGUCCCAGCCUCAAGCCCGAGAUUGCGUUGCCAGAGUUGGUGAAGAAGUCGGAUAUCAUCAAGUGGGAGGCUGCUCUCAAAGCGCAGCUCUGGCAAUGGCAACAGGAUCCCAAGUCGCCCUUUCCAGAAGUAUACAAGAGGCUCAAGAUAAAUGGCCCUUCAUCAGCGAUAGACCUUGAGAGGCCCGAGGUCGUCGCAGACAUCUAUGGUGACUCUUCGUUCUCACUCCUCGUUGAUCUCCGCUCCCGGGGUGCCCUGCCAGCUAUCCUUUUCAAUUACGACCGGCUUGGAUGCGAGAAGGUAAUUCUCAAGCUUCUUCAAGUCCUGGAAGAUGCUGAACAAAAGCAUCGAGAUACAAGUACAGAGUGGGCGCGGAAGAUGGACUCAUAUCAAAAAUGGCGAAAAGUCAAGGAUAGCAAAGCUGCGAAGAAAGGAGCAAAAGCGACUAGAGCAACUGGGGCUGCAAAGUCCAAGGAGGAGAGACACGACGCAAAGGAUUCUGGUGCAGCCCUGAAUCAAGCUGAUCUUGUGAGGGAGGACGCAGGCCGGGAAACCAGCCCGUGGGAAAGCUUCGAUCCCGGGGCGCCGCUUCCGCAGUACAAUUUCGCGGACACUACUAAACUCACAGCUGAGGACUUAGAGGCCCGCAUUAGGUCUCUGGAUGAUUUGGGCAUCAAGCCUCGCCUAAUCGACGCUCUUCGCCGGGGACUCGGUGUCCACCAUGCCGGUAUGAACCGGCAGUACCGCCAAGUUGUAGAAAUGUUGUUCCGUAAGGGCUACUUGACGGUCGUUGUUGCGACCGGUACUCUCGCUCUCGGGUUGAAUAUGCCUUGCAAAACUGUUGUCUUUAUAGGUGACUCGGCAUUCCUCACGGCUCUCAACUACCGGCAGGCAUCAGGACGUGCUGGACGUCGUGGGUUCGACCUCCUUGGUAACGUCGUCUUUCAUGGCAUCCCCCAUCAUCGUGCCAUGGAGAUCAUCUCUUCGCGGUUGCCCGAUCUCAGAGGCCAAUUCCCCAUUUCCGUCACUUUGAUUCUUCGGCUCUUUAUCCUGCUGCACAGCACGAACAACUCCCAGUAUGCCAUUGAUGCAGUGGAGUCCUUGUUGACUCAAACACGUCUGUUUCUCGGUGGACCUGCCUCGCAGAUGACCGUCAAGCACCACGUGCGCUUUUCCAUCGAGUACCUCCGGCGACAGCACCUUCUCUCUCGAACAGGAGCCCCCCUCAACUUCUCGGGCCUGGUGGGCCACUUGUACUUCACUGAGAACGCUGUGUUUGCUCUGCACUCUCUGCUCAAGGAAGGCUACUUGCACAAGCUCUGUGAGGACUUUAUCAACCCACGGAAGCAAGGAGAGAUCAUCCUCAAUUUGUUGACAGUAUUGUGUCAUCUCUUCUGCCGCAUUCCUUGCAGCAAGUACAACAACCGGGAAUGGCUCGAAAACGUCGUACAUCGAUCGCCUUCCGUUGUCCUUCUACCUAGACUGCCGCUUGAGGCCGAAACCGUCCUCCGAAAUCACAACAAGGAGACUCUAAGGAUUUUCAAGACUUACGUUCACAACUUCAUUGCACAAAAUCUCCAGGACUCUCCAGAUGACCAGCUUCCUUUCACGAAGCGCCGCGUGGGCGCCGUCGGGGAAAUCUCAGCUGAUAUUUCAACGGCGCAGAUUCCGAUACUUCCUUAUCCGACUCUUCGAUCCCCUUUCGCUGCGCUGUCAGGCUUCACAGAUGACUUUGAUACAAUCCACGAUCUAUGCAACACAAUUCGCAGUGGUGUGUUCCUUGACGAAUCUGCUAUCCCGUACAUCCCCAUUUACCCUGAAGAGACAAAUGGCGUGCCCUGGAACGCCUACAUCUAUGACUUUUACAAGCACGGUGAUCUCAACACUCUCGUGCGGGACAACGGAAUCAAGGGCGGCGAUGUAUGGUUCCGCCUGAAAGACUUCUCAUUGAUAUUGGCCACCAUCGUAACAAGCUUGGAGAACAUCCUAGGUCGAGCCGAUGCUGAUGACUCGGACAUGAUCAAUGUUCGAGAUGUUGGCGACACCAUCGAAGAGGAGAGACUCAGAGAGGAAUUGGAAGCAAAAUUCUCGGAUUACCCUGCAACCUCAUCUGCUACUGCGAACGCAAAGACGAAGUUCCGCUCUAGCAGAUCUAAAGAAGCGGUGGUUGAAUCAUGGGAAGAUGUGUCGGAUGGCUCCUCGGAGGAUACCCAUCACCCGAGUAGCAACGCAAGCAGAGCCUUUCAGGCAACCGAGUCAGAAGGAACGUCUUUCGGGUCAGAUCGGGAAAAGGGAGGCGGUGAUGGUCUUGUGAAAGUUCACAUGGCUUUCAAGCUCCUGCAGCAGGUUUUCGAAGACAAUUUCAGGAAGGUGUGGGCAUGA